AUAUAAAGUUUAUUAAUAUAAAUUAAACCAAUAUAAUAUUCUUCUUUGAAGAAGGGUCUCGACCCGAAAAGUCACCCAAUCCUUUUCUCCAGAGAUGCUGCUUGACCCACUGUUACUCCGGAUUUUUGUGUCUAUCUUUAAUAUAAUGUAUUACAUUUUAUGCAUUUAAAUAGGUAACAUAUUAGACAGGGUGCAGAAGACACUGUUGUGCUCCUGGGUCUUUGGAACCAGCUACAUACUGUAUUAAAGCAGGGUGGAGCUGUGGUGUUGCUCCCAGUGCCUGGAGGCUGAGCUUGGAGAUCAGGCUGCACUAUGCUGAAGGAGCUGUUUCUGCGAGGGAGGUUUUUCCUGUUCAUCUUCGUGGUGGGAAUCGGUGGAAGCUUCCAGUUUGGGUUCAACGUCUCCGCCAUCAAUUCGCCGUCAGAGUAUAUUAAGAACUUCAUCAAUGAAACGUGGAUCGAUCGAUAUGAAACUCCGCUGCCGGAGUAUUCAUUAAUGCUCCUGUGGUCCUUCAUUGUAUCUGUGUACCCAGUUGGAGGAUUGGUGGGGGCACAAUUUGCUGCAGUUUUAACGGUGAAAUAUGGAAGGAAGAAAUCGCUGCUCUGUAAUAACCUAGUGGUAAUUGCAUCAGCAUUCAUAAUGGGAUUCAGCAAGAUGGCUAGAUCAUUCGAGAUGAUUGUAGUUGGACGGUUUCUCUAUGGAAUUGGCACAGGUAUUGGGUUGGUUGCUCACGGCUUGUACCUUGGAGAAACGGCACCAAAGGAAUUUCGAGGAGCUGUGUGUCUGACCCGCGCUGUAUUUAACGCCAUUGGGAAGUGCACGGGCUUGGUGGUUGGGCUCAGGGAAAUUCUAGGUGAUGAAAACAAAUGGCACUUGUUGCUGGCCUUCAGUGGACUACCUGCCCUCAUUCAACUGGUCAGCCUGCCCUGGUUUCCAGAGAGCCCCAGGUAUCUACUCAUGGAGAAAGGGGACAAAGCUCUCUGCAUAGAUGCUCUCCAAAGGUUGCGGGGUCCGGGUGAUUUCACUGAGGAAGUUGAUGAAAUGAUGGCGGAACGAGAUCAAGUACAAGGAGUUACCAAAAGCAACCUUGUCCAGCUCUUCUCAGACAAAGCGGUGCGGUGUCAACUCCUAACUGGUAUUGUGGUCAGCGUAGGCAUGCAGCUGAGUGGCAUCAACAUUAUCUAUUUUUAUGCGAAUGAAGUUUAUCAGGAGCUGGGGAUUUCCAAGGACAAGAUUUUAUACGUGGGGAUAGCAGCGAGCGGAAUUGAAAUAUUGACUUCAGUAAUAUGCGGGUUCAUUAUUGAACGAGUUGGAAGGAAGGUCCUGCUCUGGAAAGGGUACACCUUCAUGGCCAUGUGGAUAUUACUGUUGAUUAUUACACUCAAUGUGAAGGAGUACUUCACCUGGAUUCCAUAUUGCUGCCUGGCCUUCAUCUUCGCUUACAUCUUCACCUUUGGGAUCGGCCCAGGUAGUGUUAGCGGAGUCUUGCCAUUGGAGAUAUUCACUCAGUCUAACCGCUCGAUUGCCUUGGUGGCAGCAAACAGCCUCCAGUGGCUGUCGCUCUUUGUCCUGGGACUCGUGUUUCCCUUCCUUGUUGAGGCCCUGGGACCAUUCUCCUUCUUCCUGUUCUUUGUAAGCUGCUCCUUGGUGGCAAUCUUCAUGUUUUACAUCCUCCCCGAAACCAAAGGGAAAACCCUUCUCCAAAUCAACGAGGAGUUCAGCACCCUGCGCCAGGCGAGGAGGGGAAUGUGCCCCUGCCUCUGUCAGGCAGCCGCUCCAAACCACACGGCGGCUCUGUCUACAAGACUGUAAUCCGACGGGUGAGGCAGGAGCCUCUGGACAGUGCAGGCCCAGGGUACCUUCCACACUCGGGCCAAUCCUCACAUUUACAUCAAGAACACCGUGCUGGAGUUACACAGCGGGCCGGGCAGCAUCUCUGGAGGACGUUUUGGGUCGGGAGCCGUCUUCAGAAUGAUUGCACUGUGGUGGGGAGAAGCUGAAAGAGAGGGGGGUGGGGGAAGCAGGACAAAGCUGGGCAAGUGAUAGGUGGAUACAGUUCAUAGAACGACAAUGUGGAAACAUGCCCUUCGGCCCAACUUGCCCAAUACCGUCCAACAUAUCCCAGCUACACUAGUCCCACCUGCCUGCGUUUGGUCCAUAUCCCUCCAAACCCGUCCUAUCCAUGUACCUGUCCAACUGUUUCUUAGUCGAGUUGAACUGUUGAUGGCAGAUGGGUGGAAACCCCCGAGAAUGUUUGUAUUAAUGAAUCACAGGUCCCGUACAGUGACUCUAUUUCAAUUCAUGUUGAUGUUAUGUUUGCUUUGUGGAAUAUGCACCUUCAAAUGAACAAAAUACAGACUGUUUGCGAAGUUACUCCAGCACUUUGUCUUCUACGCAAGAUUCCAGCAUCUGCAGUUCCUUGUGUCUCAUUUUCCGCUUGGUCCACCAGGUCAGGGGAAGGGUCAUCUUUGACACGGCAGGCUGAGAGCGUCAGCAGCAACUCACGACCACACCAAUAAAUAAUAAUAAUGGCUCUUACUUGCUUCAGUUGCGACCCGCAUUCACUACGAGUUGUGGCAUAAUUAGUCCCACCGCCUCCCUCCAUGACUGGCCAACGGAGACAAGAGCAGAUUGGAGGGAGCCGAGCCAAGA